UUGAAUCAGCUCUCCGGCCGAAGAGUAGGCCAACAACGAGUAGCUGACCAGGCCAGCCCAGGCCGUACGUUGAGAAGGGGACGUCGACCAAGCACGGGGAUCGUCACAGCGAUGGCUGGUGGAGUGGUGGCAUCUGCAGCGGCCAUGGGAAGGUCCGUGCGACCUCGAGCGGUACGGGAGAGCAAUGACCUCUUUCCUUCCUCUCCAGCGACGGAGGUCGUGGCUCCUCCAUCGCCGUUUCUUCCGUGCUUCGCCUUCCCCGCCGAGACCGUCAACGGCAAAGUCGAAGGGGACGCAACAGGCGCCUUGACGCCAUCGCUGCCGGCAUCAGGCUCGCCGCCGCCAGCUUCGUCGGUGGAGUCUGUGAUUCCAAGCGGCAUGGAAGCGUCGUGGAAUCGAGCGGCCGGUAUGAAGAGCGACUUCGUGGUUCGGGUGGGCGACGUGGUGUUCAACGUGCACAAGUUCCCGCUGUACUCGAAGACGGAGUUCUUCGCCGCCAUAGCCGUCCACGACGUGUCGUCACGAAARACGUUGGCCAAGCUGGACGAGCUUCCGGGAGGGGCGUCCACGUUCCUGCUCGUCGUCAACUACUGCUAUGGCUUCGACAUCGAGAUCACGGUCGACAACGUGGCCRCUCUCCGUUGUGCAGGUACACGGACAGAAGGCAGUUGCACCCGUCCGCUAAGUGCGGACGAGUUCCGAGCCCUAGUGCAGUCCGUUCCUUUGGAGAGCAGGGCCAGUCACGACUUUCUUUUCCAGGCUGUCACAACUUGGAUAUCUGUGGCAGAAACCUAUCUUCCGGCAAUUGAGAGAAAGGAGGCGGUCUCCCAAUUGUGUGAACUGGUAGAUCCCUUCCUUCUAUCCCCGGAGGUAGCAGAGCGUGCUUCCACAAUGUGGGACUGUCUGCCUCUUCCCUUCAUGGUACGGGUCCUGACAGCCAUCAAGGCACACCUCACAGAGCUACUCGAUAAGCAGCUGAGAGAGUUUGGCAAGGUGGAGAGAGAGUUUCAUCACACAAUGGAGGAGAUGAAGGGGAUGGAGGCGGACCUGGAGGGACUCCGGUUAAAACGCCUGGCUUCGGACGACACACUGGCCGGAAUGAAGAGGGCUUUGGAAGAAGAGGCGAGAGAGACGGAGAAUAGCGUUCGUCACCUCGAAGAUCAGAUAGCCGAGAUGGAAAACAGCAUCAGCAAGCUGCGAACGGAGAACGAAGAGGUUCGCGUGAAGAGCAAGCAGCGAAGAAGCUCUCUUUCUCUCUUCUUCUGCUUCAAGCCAAAAUCAAACAAUGGCGACUGAACGCUAUUUGUUGGAAUUUACUCUUUUUCUUUAUUACCCCCUUUUGUGGGUAAAUUACAGAG